AAAAACCAAGUGGAACUGGAAUGAGCCGCACAUACAAUCAACAGAGUGACGAGUAACAAACGGAACGGGACGGGACGAUGUUUGCAGCAAAAGAUAGUACAUAAUAGAACGGCGACCCGAGAAACGAGAGAUGAGAAAACGAGCAGUAAUGAGCGACGCGUGAAACAGAAACGACAAAUUUAACCUCGACCCCCACCAUCUCUUCUUCUACACCUCGCCCUUCACGAGGAUACCGUGCAUUAUCGGCCAGUUACAGUACCUUAGGUAUCUAUCCUCUUGCGCGCCGCGAUCGUGCUCGAGCACCUCGCCUGACCUCUUCGAACCCGAUUCUCAUACCUACCUAAGAUAGACUUUGUUACCGUCGCCAGUCAAGUCAGUCGGCAAUCUUUGUGUUGUGUGUAUUGCCAGGAUACUUGCGCCAGCCGCGUCCUCCUCCUCCUUCGUUGCCUUAUUGUUCUGGGGAGAUCCUAAAGCGGUUCAAAGAGCAAGAGAAGUGACGGGACGCGAGGUGAAGAAGAUUACUCCGGAGAACCGAAUAAGACCGCACACGUACGGUUUUGGGGUGGGUUUCACAACACAUUGCUGCUUGCGCAUUUCUCUCUACUUGCUGCUCUUCAUCAGGCACGAGUAGCUGAGGCGCAGCCGUCGCAGCAGCCGCAGAGAGAGAAGCGAUAGAGCAAGGAGCCACAAGGGCGGAUCAAGCAAGAGUUCAUUUGUUGCAAUCACCAUGCCAUUCGCCCAAUUGGUCAUCGGACCCCCCGGGGCCGGCAAAUCGACCUACUGCAACGGCAUGCAACAGUUCAUGGGCGCCAUCGGGCGCAAAUGCAGCGUGGUCAAUCUCGACCCGGCCAACGAUAUGACGUCGUACGAUGCCGCGGUGGAUGUAAGAGAGCUAGUCACAUUGGAGAGUAUCAUGGGCGACGACAGUCAGAACCAGAACAAGGGGGAUAACGAAGAAGAAGACGGAGACGAAGCACCAGGUCUCGGACCAAACGGCGGAGUAUUAUAUGCCCUCGAGGAAGUCGAGCAGAAUUUCGACUGGUUACACGACCGGCUCAAGGAUCUCGGGGACGAUUAUGUUUUGUUCGAUUGUCCGGGCCAGGUCGAGUUGUUUACGCAUCACGAUAGUUUGAGGAAGAUUUUUAUGAAGUUGGCGAAGGAGGCUGGAUAUCGGCUCGUCGUCGUCAACCUCGUCGACUCAUAUUGCUUGACAUUACCAUCCCUCUACGUGUCGACUUUAUUGCUCUGUCUCCGGAGCAUGCUACAACUGGACAUGACGCAACUGAACGUCCUGACCAAGAUCGAUAAUCUGGCGAAAUACCCUUCCUUACCGUUUAAUUUGGAUUUCUAUACGGAGGUUCAAGAUCUGUCGUAUCUCUUGCCCCUGUUGGAGCAAGAGUCGCCUAUGUUCGCAAGGGGAAAGUUCACGGCUCUCAAUGAGGCGAUUGUUAAUCUUGUCGAAGAGUUUGGACUUGUUGGGUUCGAGACUCUCGCUGUGGAAGAUAAGAAGAGUAUGAUGACUUUGUUGCAUGCUAUUGAUCGGGCGGGUGGGUAUGCUUUUGGUGCUGCUGAGGGUGCGAAUGAUACGGUUUGGCAGGUCGCGGUUAGAGAGGGUGGGGUGGGGAAGAUGGAUGUUAGGGAUGUGCAGGAACGGUGGAUCGAUCAGAGGGAGGAGUGGGAUGAAAUAGAAAGAAAGCAGUGGGAGGAAGAGCAGAGGAAGAGAGAGGAGGAGUGGAAGAAUGGUCAACUUGCUGAGGGGGCUGAUGGUGAUGGUGAAUUACCGCCUAUGAUGGGUACUAGUGGUGUCAAGGUUAGGAGGAGGGGAGAACAGAACACAAAGACGACGACAACGGACAUGACGGCGAAAGAAUCGGAGGGAGGGAAGCGACAGGGGCGGGAGAAUACAGCGCCGCCAGCGCCGCAGCAGUAACAAGAAUAAUCUUGGUUUUCUGGUUGAGUGGCUUUUUGUUCAAGUUGUGCUUCCUCCUGUGUCAUAAUAUAGCAUGACUUUGCAUACCUAGCAUCCGGCGAACUGACAGGGUUGAAAUGUAUCAAGACAAUGAAGGAUUGAUUGAUCGACGGA